AUGAAGGCAACAACAAAGCUAGUGUUGUUCUUGUUGGCGGUGGUGUUGCUAGUGGGCGUGGGAAGCAGCACCGCAACAACCAUCAAGGACGAGUCAUGGGCCGAAUGGGCCAAAGACAAGGUCUCCGAGGGCCUCGGCUUCAGCGCCGACGACGCCAAGGACAAGGCCGCAGACAAGUCCAAGCACGGUUAUGAUGCCACAGUCGACACCGCCCACGACGCCAAAGACGAGGCUGCCAACACGGCCAAGCACGGCUACGACGCCACAAUUGACGCCGCCAAGUACACCAAGGACAAGGCUGCCAACACGGCCGAGCACGGCUACGGUGCGGCCAAGUCUGCCAACGCUGCCGAGCAAGGCUACGAUGCCACAAUCGAUGCCGCCAAGUACACCAAAGACAUGGCUGCCAAUGCGGCCAAGCACGGCUACGAUGCCACAAUCGACGCUGCCGAGUACGCCAAGGACAAGGCUGCCAGCGCGGCCAAACACGGCUCUGAUGCCACAAUCGACGCUGCCAAGUACACCAAAGAUAAGGCUGCCAACGCUGCCAAAUACGGCUCCGACGCGGCCGCCGGAAGCGGGCAGUAUGCUUCGGAGAAGGCGGGUGGGGAUAUGAAGAAGACGGCGGAGGAGGAAGUGAGUUGGACGAAGGAGGCAUUUGAGGCGGCUAGACUCAAGGCUGAGGCAGCCAAAGAUGCGAUUGCAUCUAAUCUCAAAUCAAAUAAGAUCAAGGACGAGGAGCUCUAAUCAUCCUUCCUCUUUAUUUUGUUUAUACAUUUCAACCCUUUAGUUCUACUUGUAAUCUUGCAUCACUGGAGGAGUAGUAUUUCGUAGUACCCAAUAAAUAUAGUUUCACUUCUAUAAUUAAGAUACCAAAAUCAAGAAUUCGUACAUAAGUAUCUAGUAUUUCAAUGUGACCAUGCUUUGAAUCGCCCUACAUCGGUGAUGCAUCAUUUCAACAAUCAAAUUCAACUAACUAUUUUUUGUUGGAAGUAAUCAAGUUCUCAAAUCUAUCUAAAUUUUCUAACCAAUUAUUGGAACACACCUGAUUGUAUUGUUUGGGUCCCCAACUGGAGAGGGUCUAAUAUAAACCUG